AUGGCAUGUGUAGCGAUCCUACUUCGUCUCUUUUUGACAAAAUCUCAAAAGCAUACAGACCUCGCAAGUCUUACACAUCCUGAAAAGCAAGUACGGAAAACUUUAGGCAAUAGACAAUGGUCUCUUCCAGAGCCUCAAUCUUAUCGUAUGAUCUGCUCCACAGACUCUCCCAAAUUUCGACCUUUCCGAUAUGGUGAUUAUAAAGUAACGAUGGGAAUUCGUUUCAUUCCUGAAGUUCAAUGGUUCCAAUUGUAUAGAUCUUAUCCGGCCUACAUACGUUUACGCCAAUUGCGACACAAGAACAAAGGAAGAGAAUGUUGUGACAUCGUUCCACAUCCCAAACAAAGGAAUAUUUUGGCAGCUUUAGAAGUAGCUCGUAGUAUUUCAGCUUAUUUGAACGCCCGUUAUCCGGACCUUUUUCGAAUUGAAUUAUGUCACGGAGCCAAAGAUGCCGGAAAUUUCGGUGAAAAUGUUCGUGCGAUCCAACAACAAAUUGAUCCUUCUUCGUAUAAUCCAAUGGCUGUCGCAGGAGAGUUGGUUCCCGAUGAUUUGGCUUUGCUAUUGCCUGAUGAUGACGCCGUCCCUGAUGAUCGAGGGGCGGUACAAUAUAGGCUUAUAGCUGGUAGCAUUUGUACAGCUGGCUUUUGGCGAUUACGUGACAAGUUGAAUAGUACAUUACAAGAGAUUCAUACGUCUGGCAAAGUUCCGCAAUUUGCUGAGCGUCUUCGUGAUCCUUUAGAUCGUUUCUUCACAAAAAUGGAAGCCGGAAGUGGUCGUUUAUCAGAGAGGAAUAAUUAUUUCUUCCAAGUCGUUCGAAAGGAGGAUUCGAUGAAUAAGGUUUAUCAAUUGCGCGACGUUGAUUCAACAUUAGGUCCAGUCGAUCUUUCAACGCCAAUACAACGACCACAAGAUUUGGUCAUGCGAACUGAAAGGCAAACAUUGAGAAAGUUACCAAAAAGUGGCGCAGUUCUCUUCACGAUUCAUACCCACAUGGUCCCAAUUGAAGUAAUGGCAAAAGAGCCUGGCAUUCCCGGUCGAUUGGCGUAUGCAAUGCGCAAUUGGCCCGAAGAUGUGGCUUGGUAUAAAGCAGCAUCUCUUUAUCGAGAAGGCGUUUUACCUUUUCUAGAUAAAGCUCAUCAAGAUCAAAUUCGAUCUGGCAUCGUCGCAACACAGGAAGCGGAGGAAGAGCGAAGCAAAAAGUCUUAUCCAUUCUGA